AUGCCCACGACCGCCUUCCUGGCCCUGCCAGCCGAGGUGCGCAUCAACAUCUACAACCACAUCUCGCCAGCCAACACCUCUUUCGCCUCAUACUCUGGUCUCCUGCAAACAUGUCACCUCAUCCGCAAAGAAUGGAAGUACGAAGCAAAGAAACACAUAUCCAAAGAAUACACCCAACUCCAAACUUUUAUCGCCAUCCACAACAUACGCAUCCUCACGUCCGCCCACGAUUCAUCAAAGAAAUCGAAGAUCGUACUCCGCCUCCCACCACUAGACCCCACGACAGGUACCACCAGGCUACCAAAUUUCAUUCCCUGGCACUGGUCCUGGAUUACCACCGUCAUCGUCAACUUUAGUAACAAGUGGCCGCGACAUUACGGAUCGCAACUUGCCAUGUACGACCUGUACUGCAACACGCACUACGACCUAUUACGACAAGCUGUGCGAGACGACAAAUCGGUCUAG